AUGAAGGUCAAGAAGGGAUGGCUAGCCAUUGAAGUGGGUUUGGAGGGAGAAGAGUGUGGGUUUCAGAGAUUUGUGAUUCCAAUUUCAUACUUGUACCAUCCUCUAUUCAAGCCUCUCUUGGAUAGAGCUCAUGAGGUUUAUGGGUACCACACCAAUGGUCCGUUAAGGCUACCGUGUCCGGUGGACGAUUUUCUUCAUCUCCGGUGGCGGAUUGAGAAGGAGCCCGGCCGCCACAACCGCCACCACCUCCAUAGUUCCUUGUCCUUCCACUCUUGUUGA